GAAUUUUUGCUUACCUAAACUACAGAGUGCCUCGAACUCGGAAGGAAAUAUUUGAAACCCUGAUAAAAGGAUUGCAGAGGCUGGAAUACAGAGGGUAUGAUUCUGCAGGAGUGGCAAUUGAUGGAAAUAAUAAUGAAGAUAAAGAGAGGUUCAUCAAAUUAGUUAAGAAAAGAGGAAAAGUAAAGGCCCUGGAAGAAGAGUUGUACAAACAAGAUGACCUGGAUUCAAAAGCAGACUUUGAAACACAUUUUGGAAUUGCUCACACUCGCUGGGCAACCCAUGGAGUACCAAGUGCAAUCAACAGCCACCCUCAGAGGUCAGAUAAAAGGAAUGAAUUUGUUGUUAUCCAUAAUGGAAUCAUCACAAAUUAUAAAGACCUGAGAAAAUUUCUGGAGAGCAAAGGCUAUGAAUUUGAAUCUGAAACAGAUACAGAAACGAUCCCCAAAUUGAUCAAAUACAUGUAUGACAACAGAGAGAGUGAGGACACCAGUUUUUCAGCCUUGGUAGAAAGAGUUAUCCAGCAGUUGGAAGGUGCUUUUGCAUUGGUUUUCAAGAGCAUUCAUUACCCAGGUGAAGCUGUGGCUACCAGGAGAGGGAGUCCUUUGCUCAUUGGGGUUAGGAGCAAGUACAAGCUGUCCACUGAGCAGAUUCCUGUUUUAUAUAGAAGCUGCAACAUUGAGAAUGUGAAGAACAUGUGCAAUUCACGCAUGCAAAGACUGGACAGCUCUACCUGCCUUCAUGCUGUUGGGGAUAAGGCAGUAGAGUUCUUCUUUGCUUCAGAUGCAAGUGCCAUCAUUGAGCACACUAACAGAGUGAUCUUCUUAGAAGAUGAUGACAUUGCAGCAGUAACUGAUGGGAAGCUUUCAAUUCACCGGCUGGAGCGUUCAGCGAGUGACGAUCCCUCCCGGGCCAUCCAAACCUUGCAGAUGGAAUUGCAGCAGAUCAUGAAGGGUAACUUCAGUGCCUUCAUGCAAAAGGAGAUUUUUGAACAACCAGAAUCAGUUGUCAACACGAUGAGAGGCAGGGUGAAUUUUGAGAGCAGCACAGUUCUGCUUGGGGGGCUGAAGGAUCAUCUGAAAGAAAUCAGAAGAUGCCGAAGACUGAUCAUUAUUGGCUGUGGGACCAGUUACCACGCUGCAGUAGCUACUCGACAAGUGCUGGAGGAGUUAACUGAAUUACCAGUGAUGGUGGAGCUUGCUAGUGACUUCCUGGAUAGGAACACACCAGUAUUCAGAGAUGAUGUGUGCUUUUUUAUAAGUCAGUCAGGUGAAACUGCAGAUACACUUAUGGCCUUGAGGUACUGUAAAGAACGUCGUGCCCUAACAGUUGGCAUCACAAACACAGUUGGAAGUUCAAUAUCCAGGGAGACUGACUGUGGUGUCCAUAUCAAUGCAGGACCUGAGAUAGGUGUGGCCAGCACUAAGGCUUAUACCAGCCAAUUCGUGUCUCUUGUAAUGUUUGGCCUAAUGAUGUCUGAAGACAGAAUUUCCUUGCAGAAAAGGAGACAGGAAAUCAUUAGUGGACUAAAGUCAUUGCCAGAGAUGAUUAAAGAAGUCUUGUCCUUGGAUGAGAAGAUACAUGAUUUGGCUCUUGAGCUGUACAAACAAAGAUCACUGCUGGUCAUGGGUCGUGGGUAUAAUUAUGCCACUUGUCUGGAAGGAGCUCUGAAAAUAAAAGAAAUAACCUAUAUGCACUCUGAAGGUAUACUGGCUGGUGAGCUGAAACAUGGGCCACUAGCCCUAGUAGAUAAACAAAUGCCUGUUAUCAUGGUGAUAAUGAAGGACCCUUGUUUCACCAAGUGCCAGAAUGCUCUGCAGCAGGUCACUGCUCGACAGGGUCGUCCAAUCAUUCUGUGUUCUAAAGAAGACACUGAAAGCUCAAAAUUUGCCUACAAAACCAUUGAGCUGCCUCAUACAGUUGACUGCCUUCAAGGAGUCUUGAGUGUUAUUCCUCUCCAGUUGCUUUCGUUCCACCUGGCUGUUCUCAGAGGAUAUGAUGUGGACUUUCCAAGAAAUUUGGCCAAAUCUGUUACUGUAGAAUAACAGCCAGGAGGAGCUGAUGUUUUUGUCCUCAAACCUCUGAGUUCUACUCGUAGAAAUGUGUUGUUCUGAGUUGAUAAAUACACGUUUUCCUAGAUUGAAUGGCAGUGCUAACUGGAAAGUGUCAGAAGGAUUUAUUUUGCAGCUUUAAAAGCUUUUGAUGUGCCUUGUACCCAAGUGCUUUUGCUCCUAGCAAAUACUCCUCUAAGUCCCAAAAUUGCCAAAGAAGGUAAAA